AUGUUCGAGGAUGCAACAGAUCACAAAUUCAGUAAUACUAUCUUGAACAAUCAACCUUUGGUUCAGGAUCCUAUAGUCAUCCAGACAGAAGAUGACAACACCGAGACAGCUACCCCACUAGCUGUUCCUGUAACAGGCGAUUCACAUGGAAGAAAUACAAGUUCAAUAGACUCGUUUCGAAUCGAUGAUCAUGAUUGGGAUUCAUCAGGGUGGAACUCCGGCCAACAGAGCUCUUUACAAAAGCUAAGACACAAACUUGUCAAUUAUUACAACAACGUUAUUUUACCAAACGUGGGGAUAUCGUUAUUGCUUCUAUCGCAGUUUUUAAACAGUAUAAUGGUGACGACAUGCAAAUUAUUAGUCACGGAUAAAAACUUUAACGAGCCAAUACAUCCAGUACAGAUUUUGUUUGUUAGAAUGUUAAUCACUUACAUCUGCUGCUUGGUAUACAUGUUUGUUACAAAGACUGUGGAAGAGGCGCCUUUUGGACCAAAAAAAAUACGAGUUUUGUUGAUCAUGAGAGGCGUUGUCGGAUUUUUUGGUGUUUUUGGAAUGUACUUUUCAUUACAAUAUUUGAGUCUAUCAGAUGCGGUUGCGAUAACGUUCCUUGUGCCGAUGGUUACUGCAUUUUUAGCAUUCAUUAUAUUGAAAGAGAAGUAUUCUAUUUUAGAAAGUGUUUGCUCGCUAUUAUCACUAGGAGGUGUGCUUUUGAUUGCUAAACCUUCGUUCAUAUUUGGUGCAGAGUCGGAGAAAGAAACGACUGAUGAAGCUGUUGAGAGUUCCUCGUCUGAAAAGAGAAUCAUAGCAACAGCAGUUGGACUAAUCGGUGUUUGUGGUGCUUCUAGUGUCUACAUCAUUUUGCGGAAAAUCGGCAUGAGUGCCCAUCCUUUGUUAUCGGUGAGCUACUUUUCAUUGACUUGUUGUAUUGUUACUUUUGUUGGCACAUUGGUGGUUCCGUCAUUAUCGUUUGUCUUGCCACAAAAUGGUUACCAAUGGUUCUUAUUUGCGGUGAUUGGAUUUUCUGGGUUUUUUAUGCAAUUUUGUCUCACGGCUGGUGUUCAAAGAGUGAAAGCAUCAAGGGCAUCUUUGAUGGCUUAUUCGGGAAUGGUAUUUGCCAUCAUUUGGGAUUUGACAAUCUGGCAUCAUCUUCCAGGAAUUUUGUCGUUUUGUGGUAUUGCUCUUAUUAUCGGUAACGCCGCCAUUAUCUUGAAAUUCAAACCUGAAAGUACAGAAGCUGAAGCGCCUGUUGAAAAUGAUAUCGAGAGAAACGGGAAAUACAAUGAGUUGAAUCAUGAUACUAUUGUGAUGCAAGAUUUUGUAAUCACUGAUGAUGAUGAUGAGGAGGAGGAGGAGGAGGAGGAUGAUGAGUCGGGUAGUGACACAAACAAUAAUGCAAAGGCGGGACAAAGAUAG